AAGAGCGGCCGCCGCUCUCACCUCUCUCUUCUCUCUUCUCUAGAUCCCCUCUCCCUCAGUUCUCUCUUUUUCUUCCAGAAGAAACCAAAACCCUAGCCACUAAAAUGCCGCCCUCUUCUUCCCUCUAUUCUCUUCUCGUUCUUGCCGUCUCUCUAAAAUGAGAGGGAUGGCGGUACAAACCAUAAUUUCCGCCCUUUCCUACUUCUCUCCUUCUCAUUUGUUUCUGGAAACGAAGGGGAGAACGAGGAAGGGUGUCGCCUACAGCUACAGGAGGCAUACGCCUCCGGCGAUGACAAUGACGAUGACGAGGCUGACAUUGAAGACCCAAAGUCGAGGAGAGUUCUUGAUCUGCUCUCUACCACUCUCGAUCUACUCUUCAAAGGAGAGAAGAGACCGGCAGCGACGACCAGACCGAGGGACGGUCGACGAGGAGAAGAAGGGGCUCGCGGGAUUGCCGGUGGCGAAGACGGAGGGAAAGGCGGCUAGAGUUAUUUGACCUCGGUUCUUAGUCCGAAAUUAAUGUAGGUCUGUGGCUGGUUUGAGUGCCAAGGAGACGGGCUUCAAGCCUAGUUCGGGUUUUCAUUUGAUUGGAGUUGUAUUUCGUUUUUUUAUGAGCUCUGGAAUAUUAAUCAAGGCCAUUGUAUUUUUUAUCGAGAUGUAAUCCUUUAUGGUGAUGUAUAAUUGACAAAACAAAACUUAUAUUUCUUUU